GCCGGCGCAUACCUGGCCAUCAGUCGCUACUACUGGCCGAAACUCCUUCUGGUCGGUGGCACCUGCACUGCUCUCAGCAUCUUCGAACUGGCGGAGCGUGGAGUUCAACUUCACAACCCCUUUUAUAGCGUUCUCGUUUUUCGAGGGCUCUGGCAAAUCUUCACUAAGCACCGUCUCCUGGCCGGCCUGACCUCGGAGCAGCGCGCGUACUACAGCAGCCUGAUCUACCGGUUUGCAGCCCUGCUCGUCUACACCGUCUUCUGCGCUGCCCUCACUGUCAUCUUCUUCAUUUUCAGUCAGGUCUGUCCUCCUGUGUACAUGCUGCCACUUCUUGCGUUCGCUUGGCCUACCCGCAGACGUGUGCAGCACUUUCGCAGCUGCCGGGUUUACACUGCGAAAGGUCAUCUGAGUAGUGCUCGUUGA